AAAAUAUAUUGUGUUCUGCUUUGUUGUAUUUACCAGAGGCGGAUUAGGGUUCGCUUUAAAAAUGGCCUUAAGAAGGCUGCACUGGUCGGCUACGAGUUGAGAGAAUACAUCUGUUGAGCGAAGCAGAGCAUAUUGCAAUGGCAGAAAGUAAAUACAUUGUGAUGUUCCCUUUCAUGGCGCAGGGCCAUUUCAUUCCUUUCCUCAGCCUGGCUAAGAUGUUUGCUUCCCAAGGCCUCACUGUAAGCUUCCUCACCACCACUGCCUGUGCCCCCAAAUUGCAAUCACAGGCGCUUGGAUCUUCCAUUCGUAUUGUUCCUCUUUCUUUCCCGCUCAUCCCCGGCCUUCCCCCUGCCUGCGAAAGCACCGAUCUUCUUACCCAUAACGAAGCCCAGUUGCUGUUUAUCUCUUCACACAACCUCUGCCAGCCAUUUGAAGACUGGCUGGAACAGGUCAUGGCAGAGACAUCAAGGAAGCCCAUCUGCAUCAUAAGCGACGUUUUCUUACCCUGGACAGCUCACUCGGCUUCCAAAUUCGGGAUUCCGCGUGUAGCGUUCCACACAACAGGGGCCAUGGCGGCUUCUCUUCUGCAGUAUCUCUUUACAAAUCCGGUCUCGGAAAUAAUAAGCGACCGUCAAGUCAUAGAGAUACGCGAUCGCUGUAUCAGUGUAGAUCUGAGGCGUUCGGAGCUGCCUCAGAUGCUCAGAAGUGAGUUCUUCUUUUCACCUUACAAUGUGCUUCCCGUGCUUCAGCAGGCUUAUGGCUUGGGGAAAGAGAGCUGCGCUGCGACGGUUGUCAAUACUUUUGACGGGCUCGAAGCAGAGUAUGUGAGAUAUUUAGAGGAAUCCACGGGUAAGCCCGUCUGGUGUAUAGCUUCUCUUCGCAAACCCCAACAAGGGAUCGACAAUGAAUCAGAAUGCAUCCAUUGGUUGGACACACAAAAGGAAAACUCCGUCAUUUAUGUUUCGUUUGGAUCUCAGGCUUUUCUUUCAGAAGAUCAAACGAAAGCCCUUGCCAGGGGCAUUGCAGCCAGUAAUCAGCCUUUCAUUUGGACGAUUAAGGAUCCAGUUGGAGGCCGCGUUAAUUCCUGCGAUUUUCUUCCCGAGGGUUUCAUCGAAGCAACGAGAGACAGAGGAAAAGUAAUCCAUGGCUGGGUGCCUCAGCUGCUAAUUCUUUCCCAUCCUUCCACUGCGUUUUUUAUGACUCACUGUGGAUGGAAUUCCACAUUAGAGAGUAUAACCGCUGGAGUGCCAAUGGUGGGAUGGCCCAUGGCGUUCGAUCAAUUUGCUAACGCCAGAUUGGUAAUUGAGCAGUUGGGGUUUGGAUUGCAGAUUUGCGAGGGAUAUGACGCCAUACCCAGUAGCGAUAUUGUGGAAACCACAGUGAAGGCAGCCAUGACAGCGGAAAUUGGAAGAGAAAUGCGUCAACGCGCACUGAAAAUUAAGGAAUCCAUUAAUGAAGCGUCCUGCAAUUUAAGCGUUAAAGCUUUUGUAUCUUACAUCCUCGGCCUCGGCUUAGAUGAAUAUAAGUGAAAAUAUUUUAUUCAGAGAAAUGCAUUGUAAUUCCAUUGGUUUAGAUCUCUGUAUGAUCUCAGACCAAAGUAAUAUCCUUUGGGGACUUUCUGGUGAAAGAACUUGUAAAUUUGUGCAUGUAAUCGUAACAGAGCAAAAUGAUAUUUAUGAGUUUUAUAUUAACCUUCAAUAAUUUCAAGUCCAGUACU